AUGGACUUAAAUGAGGAUGAGCCUGAUGUUGAUGAAGGUGAAGCUAACUUUGUAAAUGAUGUUCUAAAUGAUGGUGGUGUGAUUGAAGGUGAAGGUGAAGCUGAAUUUGUAAAUGAUGUUCUAAAUGAUGGUGAUGUGAUUGAAGGUGAAGGUGAAGCUGACUUUGUAAAUGAUGGUGAUGUGAUUGAAGUUGAAGGUGUUGGAAAUCAAGAUGAUGGUGAUGUGAUUGAAGGUGAAGGUGUUAAUCAUAGGAAUGAGGCUGCUGGUGAUGUUCUAAAUAAUGAGGUUGCUGAUGAUGGGAAUGUGGCUGAUGAUGAAGGUCAUCUGAUAGUGCCUAAGAUAAGGAAAAGAAAGCCAUCAGAGAGGAUCACUAAACUAAAGCUUAAAAAGGCAGUUUUUGAUAAAGAUGGGGGUGGUUCCACAUGUUCAAAUCCAGUGAAUCUGGAGUAG